CACCGGGCGAGAACAUGUCGGAAGUGCUGCCGUUUAACGAGGAAAAGCUGGGGCACUAUGGAGACGGGGGGGACGUGGGCCAGAUCUUCACGUGCCGCCUGCAGGAUACCAACAACUUCUUCGGGGCGGCUCAGAACAAGAGACCGCCCAAACUGGGCCAGAUCGGCAGGAGCAAGAGAGUUGUUAUUGAAGAUGAUAGGAUUGAUGACGUGCUGAAAAAUAUGACAGACAAGGCACCUCCUGGUGUUUAAAGCCCCCAAAGACACUGAGUUAAGGGACAAAAAGAUGAUAAUAAACACAGCAACUUCACACAGUUUAUUGGCAAAAAAAAAAAAAUCAAUUUGGAAAAAAAAAAUCUUCAUUACUCUAGCUGCAGUCCACAAUGCAGACACACCACCAACCUGUAUCUUGUGUCAGGCCUGGGGACGGAAGAGGUGUGAGCAUAGCAAGGACAGAAACAAAAACAAAGAGCAAAAAAAUUAAAAAAAAAAAGAAAUUAUUCAAUAGAUUAAUUGAUUUACACACACUCAUAAGGAAAUUGACAUCAGCUGCAGCUGUUUGUCUAAAUUAAUAUGCGUUUCCUUUUAUAUACAGCGAAUAUUGCGCAAUUCUAGACCUGGAUUUCCAGCCACUUUAAAUAAUGCAGCAGCAGCAGCAGCAGCAACCGCCUGCCCAGCAAAAUGCCUCUGGGUUCCUGGUGGGAGGGGGGGGGCUGGCAUCCCCUUUGCUGAUCUGGCUGCCCUGAAAGUCAGCCCUUUGUUUACAUUAUUCCCAUCUGGCAAAAAUGAUUCUGUGCACUUAGAUGUGAGAUGCUGUCCGUUUCAUUUUUACAGAAAUAUUCAUAUCUUUGAUGUGUGUAAAACAAAACAAAACAAAACAAAAAAACAGAAAAAAAAACCCCAGAAUGACUUAUAUAUAAAUAUAUAGAUAGUUAUUCUAUUUCGUUUUCCCGCCACCUUGGAAGGUCUUCCUUGGUGGGAUGUGCGUGCGCUCCACUGAACAAAACCAACCCACUUUCCCUAAGGAUUGCCAUCUAGGAAGAGUUUUCUCCUGAUUUCAAUGUGCUGUGAAGCUUGUGUUCUCUGGACUGCUUGCAAGCAAUCCGGACCCGAGUUCACAUGGACGAAUUUGGUGGGGGGGGGAGGAGGAGAAAGGGGGGGAAAAGCCUUCUCUCUGUUGUAUGAGCCCCCAUCCCUGCUCUUUCCUCCUCCCGGUGUUGUGGCGAUUCAUCCUCUUCAAUGAAUGGAUUGUACAAAAUGUGAUCACGAGAGUGCCAAAUAUCUGGAAAUGCCAAAAGGCAGUUUGGUUUGGUUCCCCCUUUUUGUGCUCCCUGAGCCCAUGUAAAGCAGUGCUUCGUCGGAGUCUCUCUUUUCUGGGUUAUUUAUCGGGCUUUCUCUUAAGGCAGAACCGCUCUCCUUUUUGCAUGAUGUUUGCAGAGAUGCCUCUUGCGCAGGGGCUGGGGGUGGGGGGGUCUUUUCACCAUUUUGUUUUCUUUCUUCUUUUGGGUUUGCAACUUUGGAUGACAAACCUCAAAGAGGUUUCUUUUGCCUUCCCUCCAGCUGCCCCCUUGCCCUUCCCUCUCUCCCUUUUCUUAAUUCAAUAUUGUGUAUAUGGUGCACUGUUAACCACUACACAGGGCUAUUUCUGCAAUGUACAAUAAAAGGGACUGUUCCUGUGUCUAA